AUGCCUGAUCCCUUAAACAAUCUACAGUCCGAGCUGGAACAUCAAAGCCUGAUGUCACAAUCCAAUGCGUCGAGCUUGUCGUCGCAACCACAACAAAAUCAAACCAUGAGCUUACCAACCGACGAGCCACUAAGUAUCGGCGUGUUUCGUCGACCUAAACUACGUUCUAUAGGAACGAGCGGUAGCACAAUUACACAAGAUAGCACAAUACCAUUGUCGCCGAGACAACUCAAUUCAUCAACUCAUAUUUCAGAUCCACAACCCGAGGGAUUUAAAAGAAAGAGACCUCGCGUCUCAAAAGCCUGUACGUAUUGUCGAAAAAAGAAAGUUAAAUGUGAUGGAAACUUGCCAUGUUCCAACUGUCAAGAGAACAACGAAGGAGAAUGUGUUUAUGUAGCUGAUCUGGAGAAGAAACCCAAAGCGCCCAAACUACCACCACCUUCAAAACCACAAAAACUGAACAAAGCCCAAACAAUUCAACAAUUAAACCUGCGAUUGGAUAGAAUUGAGAAUUUGCUUGGUGUGUUGACUGAUGAAAUACGGAGCGCCAGGCAGCUGGCGAGUGAUAACCAAUAUCAGUCACAUCCGACAAAUCUUGAUGAUGAUGAGAAUGAAAUUCGAUUAGAGAAAGGAAUAGAAAACAAGCAACAAACUGAAACAACCAGCGAUAACGCCACAUCUCCAGAAGUCCAAAAUAACAAGUUUGGAUCUCACUCGAUAAUUGAUAUUUUUACAAAGUCAUCGUUGGAAAACAUUUUUCAAGGAUUGGGUCCACACAAUCGAAUUGAAGUUCAAGAUAUUUCGCACAUUGGCAUCAUAUACAACUUUUUCUCGCAUGCAUUCAUGGAUUCUAUAUGUCAACCAAUAAAGACUACAAUUCGCAAUAGAACCGAUCUUAUGGACAACACGUUUACCGAUUUAUCAAUCCCACUUGAAAUUUUAAACUAUCUUGAUGAUAUAUAUAUGGUCUCUUAUAUUUGUGAUUCAUCCUAUGUCAAAAGCUUAUUUGAGAGUUAUUUCAAAAACAACAAGAAAGUUUAUACAAAGGGCCCCAAUUCAAAGUUGAGGUCAUUUACUUGGUCGGAAUUGAUGAUUAUGACGGUUCUGAUAGGACUUUGUAUAUCUGUUAUUGUUGAUGAAAGAAAUGUGGGCGCAUUGAAGAAAGAUACGAAAUCUUCAUCGUCAAUUUUACAGACGGUAAGUGAUAAGCAAUUGGUUGAAAUCGACUCCAAGUGUUUCUUUUCGGCUGUGUUUUACUAUAAUCGAUUAGUGUUGUGUAGUGAAGGGGUUGAAACGGUUCAAGCAUUGGCAAUAUUCGUCGUCUAUUUGCAAACGGUGAUGUCUUCAGUUAAACUGACUCAUGUUCCAAUUGCUAUAGCUGUCAGAUAUGCCCAAGAUUUGGGUUUUCAUCGGAUAGAAACCUACGAUGGAUUAAGCUGGCACGAGCACAACACGCGUAAAAGAUUAUGGUGGUUUUGUCAAACGUUUGAGGUAUCAUACUGUUACCGAUUUGGUAAACCAGUAAUCGCUAGAGAAUAUAGACUGGCUAGUCUUAUUGAUGAUGACAAAUUUACGGCAACCGUUGUGCAAUCUAGCAUAGAACAAAUGCGUACAUUAUGGGAGGAGGCAAAGACUCUGAAAGAUGUGUCAAAAUUGAAUGAAUUACAGGAGAAUAAGACGUUGCACAGAUGUGCUGCUUAUUUCUUGUAUAGAAUGACAAAGAUACGGUUGCAAACCUUUGACUUGAUCUAUAGUAUCUCGUCGCAGAAUGUUAAAUUAAGCAAGAUUUUGACUUACAUUGACCAAAUGAACAAGGAUAUGCAAGACCUAGCCGAUAUAAUUCAGCCUCCAAUUACCAUAUGCUUUUACAACGAUCCUCGGUUCUUUUUCAAAGCAGAGAACAAACCACUGGAUCAAGUUAUGGCGUUUGAUUCAGCACAAGACAACAUCCUUGCCAUGUAUAUGAACUUUUACCAGCAUUUGAUGACAGUCAAUCGGACUGCAAUUCAGGAGAUCCCACUCACAGAAGAGAAUGAACCAUUGAUUGGAAAGAUAAAGGAAUGUAGAAACAUUUCUCUCGAAAGUGCUAGAACAGUACUACACAUUGUGAAGGGCCUGGAUUUGAUAUCGAUGCCUUACUCUUCAUUCAGCUGGUAUAUGUACGAAGUUUUUGCUGCUUUUUGUCAUUUGGCCAGUUCACACUUUGCCAAUCCUAAUACUUCUGAAGCUGAAUUGGAUUUAAAACUUAUGAUUGAAACUUCACUAAAGUUUUUCAGCUACAAGAAUAAAGCUAUUAAGAUCCAACGCAAUUGCAUUCGUCAAAGUCUAUACGACUUGACUACUAGAUACUUGUUACGGAUUUUCUCGAAUAUUACCAAUGAAGAAGUAAAGAGCAAAUUAUUUUCCAAAAACAAGACAUUGCAAAAACAUUUAGAUUUACCAGUACAAUUUCCUGAAUUUUACACAUCCGACAGCCAAUUGGGAGUCAACCUCAACUCAACGUCUAGAUUAUUCGAAAUGUGGUUCCGUGCUUACAACUUUUUUAAUAUCGCAUCUUCAUCUGGUGGUAACAAUGAUGGUACACGGGAAAGUUCAAAACCAAAUUCGUCAAAUAACGAGAGUAUGAGAAGUAGCAACGCCAACAGUACCCGCAACAGCAACAGUAGCGGCCAUGGUAGCAGCAUGGGAAAUGCCAAUACGUCUACUCGUGCUAGUAGUGAAAUUAGUAACACUGUCAAUGACAAUUAUGAUAAAACCCCUUCUAGAAAGAAGAUUGAUAAUAUUUUAAAGCAUGCUAUUUCGCCACUGAAUUCGACAAAGGUUAGAUCGCAAGACUAUGAGGAUCAUCUUACCGAUGUUACUGAUCAACAGAGUAAACAGAAAUUUGCCAAUCCUUCCACACACCAUGCCUCACAUUCAAUGCCCGCCAACCAAUUGUAUACACCUCAAGCAAAACAAUCAGAUAAAGGCGAAAAAGCUUACAAUCAGGAGCUGCAGCGUCAAACUCCCCAGGCUCAUAAGCAGGAUUAUGCCCCCGGAUCUCACCCUCGUCAACUGCAUCAAAUACAUCACGUCUCGCUGGCUUCUCGACCUGCUUCACGCCACCUGCAACCACAACCACAACCACAACCACAACCACAACCACAACCACAACUACAACCACAACUACAACCACAACUACAACCACAACCACACCGUCAUCUUCAUCAACAACCGCCGCCACAGCAUCACCAGCUGCAUUAUUUGGCAAAUUAUGCACCAAGAUAUCUGGACUCAUCACCAACUACAUCUCAUCAUUCUCAAUAUUCAUCCAACACCGUUCCACAGUUUUACCAAGUUGAAUGGGAACAGCCAUCUGGGCAACAACUGCAUAUACCCUUUACGUUAGAUCCACAAAGCACCCAACUUGAAGGAGUUGUGCCUACUAUUUUUGAAUCUUUUGAUCACAUGACUGAUCACAAUGUCAUGGCCAAUGACAAUCCGCAGCUGGAUCUGUUGGCUCAGUUUGACCAUAACUUUAUGAGUGGGUCGAACAUGAAUGAGGUUCCAAGGCUGUUUGACGAAAAUGACUAG